AUGAAGACAGAUAGGAUAGUAAAUUUUUUGGAUAAGGACUGUCCGAAAAGAAUAGUCCCGAUUGAUCGGAUGGUUGACCAUGUAAUUGGCUUCAUUAGGUCGUUGCUCACUCCUCAUUUCGAUGCGUUAUUGAUGAACAUGUGGCGAAAAUCGGCAGGUGUCCUUGAUACGACAAGGUUCAGCGGUCUCAUCAAUGAAAUCACCAUUCACAUCGCCGAUAAGAGUCCUGCUGACUGCAAUGGCAGACGUAAGGGGUGUUUGACAUGCAUCGACAUGCCAUGGUGUUUACCAUUUUAUCGUUUAUUGGAGAGUUGUUACCGACCUAUCAAUUUAAUGCUUCUGAGUUCUGAGUUAUGCGUCUUGCUGGUGACCAGUUUGAUUUUAUCCAAAUGUCAAUCAUUAUUAUGUGUAUGA